AUGGCUGAAGAUGGUCAUAGAAUUGUUUCCGUUUCAGUCAUCCAAGACACUGGAACUAGAGUUCAAUUAAUGUUCAAGGCUCAAGGAUUAAAAAAGAAGAAAAGUUUAGUGAAUUCUAUUGUGACUGUUUUCAAAAAACCUCAUCACCCUUCCAAAUUGUUAGCGAAUGGACGAUUCAAAAAGUUCGAGCUGAAAGACACAUCUUUUCAUUUCAUCCUAGAGAUCAGGAAUAGUUCGGAACCCCGAUCUGUAGAAGUUUUCCAUUGCGACAUAAAUAGAUUCCCUACUCGAGUAAAUCCGGAAAGCGCCAAAUUCGAGGUUCUUGAGCCUGCCAGUGGUGAAUGUUUUAUUCUUUUAUCUCUCAUCAAGAUUGACAAUCUUUCUACCAAUUGGAAAGAGUUUAUGAGUGAUAAUGGAACUUUUCAUUUUUACAAUUCUCGUUUGCGAAACAGUCUAUUUAACGAUUAUUUCAACAAAUAUAAGUCAAAUGACAUCUCUGAAUUCUUCGACAUAAUGAUGUUCUAUUAUUGA